AAACAGAAAUUGUCGUGCGAUGGUAAUUGCGACCUGGAAAGACACUUGCUGAGGGAUAACUCGUAAGAUAUUUGCCCCUCAGGGAAGAUGUCUAUCAAGAGUAUGUGGAUUUUCAUCGUUCUUUUAGUUGCAAUAAUAACAAAAGUACGCUCUAAACAGUAUAUCCUAUACCUUGAAAAAACCCAACCUCCAGUGGCAAGAGGCGAAUAUGUUGAAAUAACAUUGUCAUUUAUGCUGCCUUCCUAUUUUUCGGGAGUACCUUGUGCUGAUAACGAAUAUCUUGAGAUUCGCGAUGGUUAUAAUCAGUCUGCCAAUCUAUUAGGUGUAUUUUGUGGAAGAUACAUUAAGUCUUUAAUCCGCCGAUCCAGCGGACAUUACAUGUGGUUAAGAUUUUCAUCAUCGGGCAGAUACUGGUUAUUUUACCAUAAUUACUAUGAGGGAAGAGCAGCAAAUAAAAAAGUUCCUGCAGGUCUGAGUCAAGACGCACAGACUCAGUUUGUCCUGCUCAACCAUUCGUCAUCUUUGUGGUGCCCGGCGGAAGGUGGACCGGCUCCUCGCAUUGUGUGGAGAAAGAAUGGCGCUGUUGUGCAAAAUAGCACGAGUGUUCGACUUCUAAUCAACGUUACUAAUGAAGAAAGGAAUACAAACUACAGCUGCGAGGUGGAAAGCCAUGGUCAGUUGAAGAGGAAAUAUAUCAGUCUCGUUUUCGAGAGCUGUCCUGAACCAUGUCGAUGCACAGUUCUGAAAGGUAACAUGAAGGGCAUACAUGUUGAUUGUGAAAGAAAACGGCUAACAUCAGUUCCACAGAACAUUCCGAGAGCUACAGUAAAACUGUAA